AUGUCGAAUAUCAUCAGUCCUAGUCAAGGGAGCUUUGUGUCUGAGAGGCAGAUAACGGACAACAUAGUGAUUUAUCAUGAGAUCCUUCACACCAUCACAACUGAGAAGAACCAACAUGGCUAUAUGGUCUUGAAGAUUGACCUCGAAAAGGCCUACGAUAGAUUGGACUGGAAUUUCAUUAGGGACACUCUUCUCAAAGUUAGUCUCAAUGAUACCUGGACUAGGAAUAUUAUGCACUGUGUAGAGGGAGCAGAAAUGUCAAUUCUUUGGGAAGGACGGAAACUUGAUAGUUUCAAACCAGAAAGGGGUGUAAGGCAAGGAGACUCAAUAUCUCCUUACCUGUUUGUCUUAUGCAUUGAACGGUUAUGUCACAUUAUUACGGAGGCAGUCACUCAAGGGAGGUGGAAAGGCAUUAAGGUGUCAAGGAAUGGCCCGAGUAGUAUAUCUCACCUUUUCUUUGCAGAUGACAUGGUCUUGUUUGCGGAAGCAAGUAAGGGAAAACCAGAUAUGCACGAUUAUGGAAUGCCUCGACAGGUUUUGGAGGAUGCGAAUGAAAUUGCUUCGCUAGCUGGCAUACCAGCAACCGAUGAUUUAGGAAGAUAUCUAGGGGUACCCUCUCUGCACGGGAGAGUAACUAAGGAUCAUUGCAAAGCCAUCCUCGACAGAGUAAGAGGAAGACAAAUAUUGGCUCAGUCGGUUUUAAAUGCCAUUCCAACGUACGCAAUGCAAACCAUGCUUUUGCCAAAAGGAGUUUGUGACGCAAUUGAUAAAACAACAAGGAAUUUCCUAUGGGGCGGCGACGGAACCAAAAGGAAAACUAGCCUUGUUAAAUGGGACACGGUGACUCUUCCAAAAGAGGAAGAGAAGAGCAUUGCUAAAAUGACACGUAAAAGAAAUGAGUCUAAUAGUUGGAAAGGAAUUUGUGCAGCUGCUCAUAUUCUUGAAAAAGGAGCAGUUAAGGUAGUAGCAAAUGGCAGAAACACUAGUUUCUGGGAGGACCACUGGAUCGGAGAAAAACCCCUCAAGAAUUUCCUGAUUGGACCCUUGAAUAGAAAUGCGGGAAACACCAAAAUUGUAGAUGUUUGGGACGAAAGGGGAUAUUGGAACUGGAACGCAAUUGACAUUGGGCUUCAUCCAGAGAAACGAGCGGAGCUUUCUGUAAAAAUCCUCAUUAAUGAUGCAAGGAAACAUGAUCGUAUAGGAUGGGGCCCUAAUGAAGACAAAAUCUUCUCCACAAAAUUAGCAUACAGUCUGACUCGCCAACACACAGGAAUCCAAAGCACUUACGAUUGGAAGGCAAUUUCGGCCGUUCAUUUGGCUAGUUAA